AUGGCACCACCUCUCUUUCGCUCUCCAUCACACGAGCCCACUCUCAUUGGGUCAAAGCCCCAUGGCAAAAUCAGAACAAACAGCAGAGCUGGCACAUCCACCGAUAGCCGACGCGAAGUCCGAUUCCAUGAUAACCCGCGAGUACUUACAGACUGGUGCAAACGCCUCCAGAGUAACCUUAAUACGGCUGAAGCCAAUACUCAAUCUGACGGAAACCCUGGCUUCCACCAGCUGAACCAGCCACGCCUCAACAUCGCCAUUCACAUCGCCGGCUCUCGCGGCGAUGUACAGCCUUUCAUCCCCAUAGCUAAACUGCUUUCCAGCCGUGACUAUGGCCAUCGUGUGCGUAUCUGUACCGAUAGCAAUUUCAGAGAUUUCGUUGAGUCGCAGGGUGUUGAAUUCUUCAACAUUGGUGGUGAUCGCGAGGCUCUUAUGGCCUACAUGGUCAAGAAUCCAGGCCUUUGGCCUAGUUACGCGAGCCUCAAGGCAGGCGAGGUGAACAACAGACGUAAGGAAAUGUGGAAUAUAAUGAACGGUGCAUGGAGGAGCUGUAUCGAAGCUGGUGAUGGCAUUGGGUCAUCCCAGCCGGCUUCCCGUGUGGAAAAUCCCAAAGACCCCUUCCUUGCUGACCUCAUCAUCGCCAAUCCGCCAUCAAUGGCUCAUAUACAUUGCGCCGAGAAGCUUCACAUUCCGCUUCAUAUGGUCUUUACUAUGCCCUGGUCACCAACGGAAUCAUUUCCACAUCCACUGGCUGCUAUUAGCUAUGCUACUACA